AUGGUAAACAGCAUGCAAGCUACCGACAACCGGAUCCAGCCUGUCCCAGCAGCAAGCAAUUGCUCGCUGGUCAAGCUGCCGCACCCGUUUCUUACUGCCUAUCAAGUGAGAAGUGUUCCAGGAAAGGGGCAGAAUACACUCCAUUUGGAGUUUGUCAACCAGCCUGAGAAUGGAACCCCCUUGUCGGAGCCUCUACAUAACAGUAGCUUAUUCUGGAUUGAGCCAACGAAGUUGCCGAACUCUGAGCAGCCACCCUCCAACGAUAACAGUGCAUGGUCAAGAGCUCGCCGCUACCACAGCACCACCUUUGAAUGGACUACAGGUGCAUCUGCACCGUCUUUGGGACAGAUAUGGAACGUCAUCCACGCGAUUUUCCUUUACCAUCCGACAUUUGAAGGAUUCAGACUCGAGCUAUCGGGGGCUCAGGCCAGCACGGUACGCUACGAGCUUCUCGCCACAGGUCUUGCUAUAUCGCAUCCUGUAUCCAAAUCCGGUCAACCAGCGGCAAGAACCACUGUUGAUCCCUGGUUCGUCGAAGAGAUUGUGAUCCUGCGAAGUGCCUUUUGGCAGGGUGCAGCAUCCCCAACGGGACCGCGGCCCAUUUGGGCUGUAGGUCUCGGCUCAGAGGGCCCAUCGCGACAGUCACUCUCCCAGUAUCCUUCAAUGCCCAUGAACUAUCAGAUCACAAACCAGUUCCCCGAGCAGCCUGUCUAUACGCGCCAUCCGACCCGUCAACCAAAGCCGUAUCCUGGAUCUAUUGUGUACAGUCGCUACAUCCCCGAUCUUGACGAGCAUUUUUCCCUGGAAGCAAUAGACUGGAAAGAUGAGACGCAUUUAGCCCUAUUCAACAAAUGGCAGAAUGACCCUCGAGUCGCUGCGGGAUGGAACGAGACCGGCACUCUAGACGAGCAUCGCGAGUACCUUCGCAAACUGCAUUUCGAUCCCCACGUGCUUUGCCUUUUCGGCCGAUUCGAUGACUCUCGAUUCGCUUAUUACGAACUUUACUGGUCUAAAGAAGACCACUACGGCGCCCAUUACAAUGCCGGUGACUAUGAUCGUGGAAGACAUUCACUGGUUGGAGAUGCGUCUUUCCGCGGCUCUCUUCGUGUGAAUGCUUGGUACUCAAGCUGCAUCCACUACUGCUUCCUUGAUGACUUUCGCACGGUCAAUGUCGUCGGAGAGCCCAAGGCCACCGGCGCUACAAUCCUGUCCUACGAAAACGCACAGGGAUUGGUGAUCGACAAAUAUGUUGAUCUUGGGCACAAGCGGUCAGUACAUUCCGCCUGUAGCAGGGAAAAGUGGUUUCAGCUGUGUCCUUUGUUCUGGGAUGGUCGCGAGCGACCGCUGGAAUCGGCUGACCGCGCUGCCUGGAACGCCAAACUUUGA